AUGGUUGGAUAUGAAGCUGGUAUAUAUAUUAGUUCUAACUGGAGGACUAUGUCUUCUAAGAGAAAGAACACCCCUACAAAGCUUGCCAAAGAUAAUGUUGAUCUUGACACAGGAAGUAGUUUCGGUGACCUUGAACCAGUAGAUAUUUCAGAGAGAUCAGUAGACGUCAAUCAGCUCUAUCCAUCUCCCUAUAAUCACCUUGAUCAAUACGAUUCUGAUAGCCACAGUGGUUCAGAGAAACCAGCCAAUAAGAAGCAAAGGCUUCUACAGAGUGUUCAGAACGAUUCAUGUUCGGAUUCAGACAGUGAUAACAAAUAUAAUCACAAAUCAUUAAACAAUAACAAUAUCACGACAAAGUCCACAAUUGGACCACAUAGAAAAUCCAUGGAAAGUGUUUUACGCAAGCUGCAUCCACGAUCUCUCGAUAUGGAAGGCUCAGACAAUGUGACAUCAUCUCCCAAGGGAGAGAACACUGUGAUAGAUCAUGUACAACACUUACUUCAGCAAGGUGCUGGUGUCAAAGAUAAAGAACAAAGACUCAGUGAAAUGAUCUCACAAUUACAAAAUAUUAAAGAAAAUCUUCAAAAACAAAAGGCGCCAGCUGAAUCCACAAAUCCUUCUACUAAUAAUAGUAACAAAUAUCAAGAAUCAGUAUGGCUACUGCGGACCCCAUAG